AUGGCUGGCAUUUCAUCGGCUGGUGCACCUGCACACGCCCAGCCGUCUCUCCCAUCUCUGCCCGCCCAUUUGCAGUCCGAUACACACCUCACAGCCCAUCUAGCCAGUCGAUUUCAUGUCGGAUUACCAACCGCUCGCCUUUCCUCGCAGGCACUGAUUGCCUUGAAUACAUACACCUCUGCCACCAAGGGACCGGAUGGCGGCAAGGAAGGCAGUGCUGCCGGGGAUGCUGAAGAUUUGGCUCGUCGGGCCUUGACUCGUUUGGGCUCCCGGGGAGAAAACCAGGCGGUUGUGUUUCUAGGCGAGAGUGGAUCAGGUAAAACAACACUUCGCUCACAUUUACUCUCUUCCUUUUUGUCCUUCUCAUCGACUCCGUUGUCCUCCAAACUGUCCUACGCCGCUUUUAUAUUCGAUACCUUGACAACCACCAAAUCGGUGACCACCCCGACUGCUUCCAAAGCUGGUCUGUUCCUUGAACUGCAAUACGAUGGCUCGUCCUCUGUCAACCCCACCUUGAUUGGUGGCAAGAUAAUUGAUUAUCGAUUGGAGCGGAGUCGGAUCUCAUCCGUUCCUACGGGUGAACGCAGCUUCCAUGUGCUCUACUACCUGCUUGCUGGUACCAGUGCUGCCGAGAAAACCCACCUGGGCUUCGACAAUAGCAUUCAUAUCCAAACUUCCGGGGGAAAGCUCUCCUCGGGCUCGAUCAGCCACAAACGGUGGCGAUAUUUGGGCCAUCCCACGCAGUUGAAGGUCGGGGUCAACGAUACCGAGGGCUUCCAGCAUUUCAAGACCGCCCUGCGGAAGCUCGAGUUUUCUCGCAGCGAGAUCGCCGAAAUAUGUCAGAUUCUGGCCAGUAUUCUUCACAUUGGCCAGCUGGACUUUGUCACUGGGCAGGCCACUACCACGGGCGCCGAGGAGAGUGGUGGCUACUCUCACGAAGGCGGCGAAACGGUGACUGUGGUGAAGAACAAGGAUGUCCUCGCCAUUGUUGCCGCGUUCUUAGGUCUCAGUGUCGAGGCUCUGGAAAACAGUCUGGGUUACCGAACUAAGACCAUCCACCGCGAGCGAGUGACAGUCAUGCUGGACCCGAAGGGUGCGCGGCAGAAUGCCGAUGCCUUUGCCCGCACAAUCUACUCACUUUUGGUCACCUAUGUGAUCGAGACGGUGAACCAAAAGGUUUGUGCGGCCGAGGAUAGUGUGUCGAACACAAUCUCUAUCGUGGACUUCCCGGGCUUUGCCCAAGCCCCGUCCACUGGCUCAACCUUGGACCAACUCCUCAGCAAUGCGGCCACCGAGUCUCUUUACAAUUACUGCCUCCAGUCUUUCUUUGACCACAAGGCCGACAUGUUGGACCGCGAGGAGAUCACCGUUGCGGCGACGAGCUACUUCGACAACACAGACACCGUGCGUGGCCUUUUGAAGCACGGCAACGGGCUGUUGAGCAUUUUGGAUGACCAGAUGCGGCGUGGUCGGUCCGACGCUCAAUUCUUGGAGAGUGUGCGGAAGCGUUUCGAGAACAAGAACCCAUCUAUCUCGGUCGGUGAUUCCAACUCUGCCACCGCCAGUGGCUAUGUGUCCUACGGCGCUCGUUCGGCAUUCACUGUCAAGCACUUUGCCGGUGAGAUCGACUACUCUGUUACCGGUCUCAUCGAGGAAAAUGGAGAGGUGAUCUCGGGUGAUCUCAUGAACCUCAUGAAAUCCACCCGAAGUGAUUUUGUUCGCGAGCUGUUUGGCCAAGAGGCUUUGCAGACCAUUUCACACCCUCGCGAAAAGACGUCGAUUAUGCAGGCCCAGGUCAGCUCAAAGCCGCUGCGGAUGCCGAGCAUGGCCCGACGAAAGGUUGGCGCCCCAUCUCGGUUUGCUUCCGAUGCAUCUCGCGCUUUGAGCGAUGAGGCGGAAGAACCCGACAGUCAAGCAGCAAUCUCCAAGCCACAGGCAGGAAGCCGAAAGACAGGGCUGAUGACUGGCCCUCCCCAAGGGGCUGCCGGUCAAUUCCUUUCUGGUCUUGAGAUUAUCAACAAAUGCCUGACCUCGUCGAACUUGAAUCCAUAUUUUGUGAUUUGUCUCAAGCCCAAUGACCGCCGGAUCGCCAACCAAUUCGACAGCAAAUGUGUUCGGAUGCAACUCCAGACUUUUGGAAUCGCGGAGAUCAGCCAGCGGCUGAGAAAUGCUGACUUUAGCGUCUUCCUUCCUUUUGCAGAGUUCCUGGGCUUGGCUGACAUCGGUAAUGUCGUGGUGGGGAGCGAUAAAGAAAAGUCCGAGGUCGUCCUGGAUGAGAAAAGGUGGUCGGGCAACGAGGCUCGUGUGGGCAGCACCGGUGUCUUUUUAAGCGAACGAUGCUGGGCAGACCUUGCCAAGGUCGGCGAACGUGUAGUCCCAUCCUAUGGGGUUGCCGGAGCCGACUCAGGCAAUGGUGUUUCCCACACCCCCGGUGGGAGUAUGGACGCCAAGGUGCGGCUGCUCAAUCCUGCAGACCAGUCCCCUGGCGCCUUUAUCUACGGGGAUGACACCAAGCAAGGGUACUUUGGUAGCCGUGAGUUGGAUGGCCGCUCCGAUGCCGGGGCUUCGGCCUUUAACUCUGGCGAUAUGUUCCGGAAUCUCGAGACCCGGGAGCAGAUGCUAGAGAAAGGCAACGAGAAGAAUAUGGAAGAGGUGGAUGAUGCUCCUGUCUCGGGCAGCCGCCGACGCUGGAUGGCCUUGGUCUAUCUUCUUACAUUCUACAUCCCCGACUUUUUCAUCAAAUUCUUCGGUCGGAUGAAACGGAAGGACGUGAGAGUCGCCUGGCGCGAGAAAUUUGCAAUUAACUUGAUCAUCUGGUUCGCCUGCGCCGUCGCUGUCUUCAUGAUCGUGGCAUUCCCCGGAUUGGUUUGCCCAACGCAGCAUGUUUACUCGGAGGGAGAGCUUAGCACCAACAACGGAAAAGGUGGACACGACUCCUUCGUCGCUAUACGGGGUGUUGUGUUCGAUCUUGGUUCAUUCAUGCCCUCUCACUUUCCCGAUAUCAUCCCGCAGAAGUCAUUGAAGAACUACGCCGGUAAAGAUGCGACCAACCUCUUCCCUGUUCAGGUUUCAGCUUUGUGCCAGGGAGUGAAGGGCCAUGUGGAUCCAAGCGUGCCUUUGGAUUACCGUUCGAAUCAGAAUGAGUCGUCCGCCAAGACGUCCAAUGAUGAUUUCGAUAUCAACGCCAAGUAUCAUGACUUCCGCUCGUGGACCGACGACCCUCGCGCGGACUGGUUUUACGAGCAGAUGGUCAUGAUGCGAGCAAGCUAUAAGAAGGGCUAUAUCGGCUACACUCCCAAGGGCAUGAAGAGCCAGGCAGAUGACAACUCCAAGAACAUCGUGAGCAUCAAUGGGAAAGUUUACGAUAUGACCUACUACAUUGCUGGACCCCGAGUGCCUCGUGCCCCCGCUGGAAAGAAUGUUUCUCACAACCUCGACACGGACUACAUGGAUCCUAUGCUUGUCGACAUCUUCCAACAGAAAUCUGGAUUCGAUGUAACCGAGUUGUGGGAUAACCUUCCUUUUGAUUCCGGCCUUCGCCAACGGAUGCAGCUUUGUCUCGACAACUUGUUCUUUGCUGGCCACGUCGAUACCCGAAAUUCUGCGAAGUGUCAAUUUGCGCGGUAUUUCAUCCUCGCGAUUUCCAUUAUGUUGUGUGCCAUCAUCACCUUCAAGUUCCUAGCUGCUCUGCAGUUUGGAAAGAAGAAUCUUCCCGAGAAUCUGGACAAAUUCAUUAUCUGUCAAGUCCCGGCGUACACCGAAGACGAGGACUCACUUCGUCGUGCUAUUGACUCCAUGGCUCGCAUGCGCUAUGACGAUAAACGCAAACUUCUUAUGGUGAUUUGUGACGGUAUGAUUAUUGGUCAAGGCAACGACCGCCCAACUCCACGCAUUGUUCUGGAUAUCCUGGGUGUUCCUGAAACUUUAGACCCCGAGCCACUGAGCUUUGAAAGUCUGGGCGAAGGCAUGAAGCAGCACAACAUGGCCAAGGUCUACUCGGGUUUGUACGAGGUGCAAGGUCAUAUUGUUCCUUUCCUGGUCGUUGUCAAGGUCGGUAAGCCUUCUGAGGUCUCGCGGCCCGGCAACCGUGGCAAGCGUGACUCUCAGAUGGUUUUGAUGCGGUUCCUCAACCGUGUCCAUUACAACCUGCCUAUGAGUCCCAUGGAACUUGAGAUGCACCAUCAAAUCCGGAACAUCAUUGGUGUCAAUCCAACUUUCUACGAGUACAUUCUGCAGGUAGACGCCGAUACUGUGGUGGCACCCGAUGCCGGUACAAGAUUUGUGUCAUCUUUCCUGUCUGAUACACGCCUUAUUGGUGUCUGUGGAGAGACCGCGCUAUCGAACGCCAAAACCUCGGUCAUCACAAUGAUACAGGUGUAUGAGUACUACAUCUCCCACAACCUGACCAAGGCAUUCGAAAGUCUGUUUGGUUCCGUCACCUGCUUGCCCGGUUGUUUCACUAUGUAUCGCAUCCGCUCGGCAGAAUCCGGCAAACCCCUGUUCGUCAGCAAGGAAGUGGUCGAUGCCUACUCGGAGAUUCGCGUGGACACGCUUCACAUGAAGAACCUGCUGCACCUGGGCGAGGAUCGUUACUUGACGACGCUACUCCUGAAGCAUCACCCGAAGUUCAAGACCAAAUACAUCUUCCGGUCUCAUGCCUGGACAGUGGCACCCGAAAGCUUUGCGGUCUUCCUCUCCCAGCGCCGCCGAUGGAUCAAUUCUACUGUUCACAACCUGAUCGAGCUAAUCCCGCUGCAACAGCUGUGUGGCUUCUGCUGCUUCAGUAUGCGGUUCAUCGUGUUUGUUGACCUUCUCAGUACCAUCAUCCAGCCAGUCACCGUGGCAUACAUCAUUUACUUGAUUGUAUGGCUGGUGCGAGACACCUCGGUGAUCCCAUACACGGCGUUCAUUCUUCUGGGUGCGAUUUAUGGUCUGCAGGCGAUCAUCUUCAUUAUCCGUCGAAAGUGGGAAAUGGUUGGUUGGAUGAUCAUUUACAUUCUCGCCAUCCCCGUUUUCUCGCUUGCGCUUCCACUCUACUCGUUCUGGAACAUGGACGACUUCACCUGGGGCAACACGCGUGUCAUCACCGGAGAGAAGGGCCGCAAGGUUGUUAUCUCCGACGAAGGCAAAUUCGACCCGGCUUCGAUCCCCAAGAAGCGCUGGGAAGAAUACCAGAUGGAGCUCUGGGAUGCGCAGACCUCGCGCGACGACCGCUCCGAGCUCUCGGGCUAUUCGUACGGAACCAAAUCUCAUGCCUUCCCGCAGUCCGAGUAUGGCUUCCCCGGCUCUCGUCCCGCCUCGCAGCUGGACCUGCCACUGCUCGGUGCUGGCUCUCGUCUUUCCUUGGCUCCGUCAGAGAUGAUGAGUCGCCACAUGGAUAUGGACAUGGGCAUGGAGGACUUUUCUCAUCUGCCUGCCGACGACGCCAUCCUCGCUGAGAUCCGUGAGAUCCUGCGCACGGCCGACUUGAUGAACGUCACGAAGAAGAGCAUCAAGCAGGAGCUUGAGCGCCGCUUUGGUGUGAAUCUUGAUGCCAAGCGGCCAUACAUCAAUUCUGCCACUGAGGCUGUCCUCUCGGGCCUGCUCUAG